UGCAGCUUCAUGGCAUUCUUCAUGUUGGGGAUCCCAAGAACUAUGAAUCCCAGUUAUGGUGUAUUCUUAUUUAUGCUGAGGGUUUACGUGAUGUUGGCUUUCGUUCUCUUUGCACCUUGACCUGGGGCAGGCUAUUAUCACAUCUCCAAUGCGAUGCACGACAUUUGAUUGCUACGCGGUGGUAAUGCCUCAAUGUCCUGAACCAUCUGAAAGCACGAUGAUGAUUUGCAAGGCCUAGCCCUUUCAAGGAGAAGGGAAUGAGAAAGGAGAAAAAGGGAGUAAAAAGGGAGAAAAAUGGGAGAUCAAUCUUUGGGUGAUACAGUUGGUAGUAAGUUUUUAAAUUAUCGUAUGAGCUCAUUUCGGUCUGGGUCCAUCCAUGGCAACCGAUGCUCGAUCUUUGACCUCUCAAUUGAAUCUCUAGCGUACACCUGACCUGAGACUUUCUGUUUCGAGGAGGUGGAUGUACUCUCGGUUGAAACCUGUGGUUGAUGAUGGACCGGCGUGCGGCAUGCUUGUCGACUCCGACUGGCUGUUCAUUCGGUAGAAGUAUCGGCCAUUAAUGGUGCAGAAACAAGUUGUGUUGCCUACAUCUUGUCGAUUCGUGGCAAUUACAGCGUCUUCGGUGUCUGGAGUUCACGAGGCGGCUUCUGAUUUCUGGAGGGAGAGUUCUUGUUGCGGUGGGGGGUAUUGUUUGACCGGAAACGUGUCGCCCCUUUGGGACUUCGCUGUUGUACUGAAUAUGUCAUGGGUGAGGUGCUUGGGUACAGACGCAGUGCCAACCGCCGACGGCGAUGUGCGGUACCUGCCACCGGUAAUUACGUUGGGCACAGUCGGUAAGAAGGAAUUUGCUUCGGCGAAGGGGUUGUGAAUGAUGUGGCUUCGCAAAGCAUAGGCGGUGAUUCUUGUGUCUUUCUUGUAAAUAUCUUACUUAGGUAAACUGCACCACACCAGUGAUUCGCGGGCCAGCCUUUGUUGUGGAAAGCCGACGAGAAGCGGGCGAUUCAGAUAGAAGGCUGGUGAUUUGUCUUUUUCUUUGCACGGGACCCGAUCCUGGAAAUGUAGUGUGGAUUAAUAAUUAUCUGAAAGCCCCUCGAAAGGGGGGUACACUAAGAACAGCUCGGAGUCGGGCUUCUGGAGGGGUCUGCAAGUAGCUACUUCGAGCGGAAAGUAUGAGAGCACUUAAUUCCGUCCCUAAGUGACUCUGAGAGUGUAGCUUGGUCGGCCUGUUGGUUGGUUCAGGACUUGUAUGCUCAAUACUCGUCAAAUUUCCGCUGGACGUCGAGUGACGCUAGAGUGUAUCUAGCUGGUCGGCGUGUUGAAUACGUCCCUUAGUGACGAUACCUACAGUUCCUUUGUACUUGCCCUUCUUGGCUUGCACUUUCCCUUUUUGGAUUUGUCCCUGUUGAUGUUGCUUGUCGUUCUUAGAAAUGUGAAUAUAGUGCAGGUUACCGACCACCUACAGCAGUUAUCAGAGAUGGGGUUUGAGUCUCUCGUUUCCAAGGACGGAAAAUGGUUCUGGUAGCUGAUGGACUGACGUCCUGAUGAUGUACGUGUUUCCUUGACAAGCUGGAUCUCCUAGUCGCUGAGAAUAAUCCUCCCCCUUCUAUUGUUGUCAUUUCGUUAAGACCAGAAAGUAGUUCCCAGAUGGCGGUGGUGCCGUGAAUAUAUUCUUUGUUGGACUUCCUGCAAUAAGAUAUUGGCGACUUUUUGCAUGCCUGUGUGGUCUCAUUUCAUCCGGCUACUCUUCUUCCGUUCCGUUUUUCAACUCGUCGGAGCGGCGGUCGAGCAUAUGCGUUAUCGCAGUUACUCGGAUAACGUUCUGGACACAAGUACAGAAGAGUUGUACUGUGGCUUGUGAAGGAGAUCUUUCAGCUUUUGCACGUUUCCGGCUCUACGCCACCCAUCUCUUGUUUGUUAAGGGGGUGACCCUUUUCAUUUGGAUUUACGUUUGCCGUGGCUCCUUGGAGAUAGAAUGGGAUCAAGGACACGCAUGCAGCGGCUUCUGAAAUCGCUCUUUAGGUUUGACAAAUUUUCAUUUUAAGGGAUUUGGCGGCUCCUGAAACCGCUCUUCAGGGGCUUUUGAAACCGCUAUUCAGCAAUAUUGUAUUCACCGGAUUGCAUCCGGAUUUCAACUUGAGGAAGAGUUCCUUGCGUGUACUCUUCAGAAACAUGGGCGGGGUAGUUUUGCGAUUUCCAGUUGAGGCUCGAGAGUCUCGUCGUGAAACUGGAAUAGAAAAUAGAAAAUAGUCGGUCAACUUGAUUUUCGUGAUAUCCCCGUUCAAGUUUUGGGGAAGCAUUAUUCUUCUUGACACUGCAAAUAAUAUGUGAGGCAUUGCGAGCUAUAUUUCUUCGUUUUUCGAUACCAGCGGAGGGCGAGCUAUAUUCGCCUUGAAAUCCCCCUCGUGGGAAAAUUCUUGACAUUGCUGUAAGUGAGCUAUAAUGUUUUAUUCCUUUUCGUUUUCCUUCCCCGUUCCAGGGUAUUGUUAAUACGCGACAAUUCAGAAAUGUC